AUGAAGGGCGUCCUUGCCAUUCUUAAGGAAUGUGAAUUUGAUUUGGUGAUAAAGAAGAUCACUGACAAAAAGAAAGGCGCUUCAGCUGUCAAGUCCCUACUAAAGGGCCAUAAACCUACUUCCCCGGUCCGUAUUUUCAUUAAUGAGAGCGGUAGUUGGCAGCGUUCCAUGUCCAAUUUCCUACAAACGUGUUUGAACGCGCUCCCAUUUGGUAAUGUCCUGUCUCUAAUGAAUUCGGAACAGUUGAUUGGUCUCCAGGGUGUUUGUGUCGGGUUCUCCUUGGCACCGUUGCUUUCUGAAAUUUAUUAUGAACUUCCUUUGUCAUGUGGGUUCUCGUAUGUAGGUCAAACUGGCCGUUGCCUUAACGACCGGCUUUAG